UAGCGAGUGUAGGUUGAAGUGAUGACACACAACGAACAGGCAACUGACCGAACUUGGGACUGAUUGCAAAAGCUGGCAAAGACGCACCUGUUGAAUAACAGGCACACAGUAUUCCCGUUUUCUGAAUUUCUUCGAAGCUUUGUGCUACGUUUGAAAGUUCAGAAUGACGGACACAAUACUUCCCAACGGAAUCCAGGAAAAAGCAGGUCAGAAUGGAUAUUUUAAAAAGGGUUGUAACCCGAUGGCCCUGACUGGCCGCUCCAAGCUGCAGAACCAGAGAGCCAGCCUCAACCAGCAGAUCAUCAAGCAGAUGAGAAUGAGGGCUGGAGCUGAAAACCUACUGAGGGCGACCUCCAAUAACAAAGUGCGUGAGAUGGUUGGCUUGGAGCUCAGCUAUGUCAACUCCAAUCUGCAACUCCUCAUGGAACAGCUGGAGGCACUCAACAGCUCUGUGGACGUCUACCAGAAUGCCCAAGAGGCCACCAGCAUCCCACUCAUCCCUCUGGGUCUUAAGGAAACUAAAGAGGUGGACUUCUCUGUUCCAUUCAAGGACUUUAUCCUUGAGCAUUACAGUGAAGAUGGCUCCAGCUACGAGGAGGAGAUCGCUGACCUGAUAGACCUGAGACAGGCCUGCCGUACCCCCAGUCGCAGUGACGCUGGCAUUGAGCUACUAACCAAAUACUUCAGCCACCUGCCUCUACUGGAGAGCCGCUUCCUCUCCCCCACCCGCCAGCUGGGCAUCUUCUUCACUUGGUAUGACUCGUUCACAGGUGUGCCAGUGUGUCAGCAGAACGUCUCUCUAGAGAAGGCCAGCAUUCUGUUCAACGUUGGCGCUCUGUACACCCAGAUCGGCACACGCUGCAACCGACAGACCAGCACCGGCCUUGACGAGGCCAUCACCGCCUUCCAGAAGGCCGCAGGAGUCCUGAACCACCUUAAGGAAACAUUCACCCACACCCCAAGUUACGACCUGUCUCCUGCCAUGCUCAGUAUGCUCAUCAAGAUGAUGCUGUCUCAGGCCCAGGAGUGUCUGUUUGAGAAGAUCGCUCUGUCUGGGAUCCGCAACGAGUUCUUCUCCCUCCUGAAGAUGGCCCAGGAAGCUGCCAAGGUGGGAGACAGUUAUGACCAGGUGCACCAGUCCAUGAGCCAGACGCCCAUUAAAGACAACGUCCCCUUCUUCUGGUCCACCAUGGCCCAGGUUAAGACCCAUCACUACCGGUCCCUGGCACACUACUUCGUGGCUACCGCCCUAUUGGACCACCAGCUGAGUCCCCAAGAUGAUGAAGACCUGCAGGAGAAGACUCUGUCCCAGGUCUAUGACUCCAUGCUGGAUGGCCGCUCCCCUCUGGACAUCCUCAGAAAGAGAGAGGACAGACGCCACAUAGGUAAGGCCCACCUGCGUCGGGCUGUGAUGGGCCAUGAGGAGGCCCUCAGGAUCCAUGGCCUUUGUCGUCACCUCCGAAAGCUGGACGUGCUUCAGGAGAUCCUCCAGGCUAGCCACAAACGCUCCCUGGCCAAAUUCACCAGAAACGACCAGGAAGACGAGUUCACCGACUACCUGGAGGCACCGGACAUCAUCUCUAAAACGGACCACAAGGCGGAGAUGGAAAUGCCCGUGUCAACAAAGGGUCCCCUGAGCGUGUUCUCCGCUAAGCAGCACUGGACUGCACCUCGUACUGUCAGGCUGAAGCUGGAGGACAGAGAUAUGGGCUUCACCCUCAAAGGAGAACCACCUGUUCAGAUCACCUCCCUGGAUCCUCUCUGCCACGCCGCUGUCGACGGACUGAAAGAAGGGGACUAUAUUGUUGCGGUCGGGGACAUCGACUGUAAGUGGAUGGGCGUGAGCGAAGUGAUGCGGCUGCUGAAGGACGUGGAUGAAGAAGGAAUCGACAUCCGCGUUGUCAGUCUGAUGGACAGCAGCCAGCCCAUGCCCACCAAAAGUGCCACAUAUUGUGGGGGUCUCCCUAAGACCUACUCCAUGAUCUGCCUUGCCUUCGAUGACCACGACAAGAGCCCCAAGGGUCGCAAGGUCUCCAAGAAGGGGUCCUUUCUGUCCUGGGGUCUGAAGAACCGUCUGAAGAGCUCCAGCACGCUCAGCCUCCCCACAGCAGACUUCUCCGGAACACUUCCCUGGAACAAGCACUGCCCCACGUUCCCCAGCUCCAGCUCCUACAACGACCCGGCUCUUUAUUAGGCCACACACACUGGACUGUAUACUCACCAACACACACACACACACACACACACACACUACUGGGUAAGAGAACAAUGUGUUAAGGGAUGCGUUCCAAAUGACGCCCUAUUCCCUAUGGGCUUUGGUCAAAAGUAGUGCACUGCAUUAGGGAAUGCCAUGUUGAAUAUACACGUAGGAUUGUGUAGUAUGAGGGAAGGGGCUAUAUUGCUAUGGAGAGGAGGGGCUACAUUGCCAUGGAGAGGAGGGGAGGGGCUACAUUGCUAUGGAGAGGAGGGGAGGGGCUACAUUGCUAUGGAGAGGAGGGGAGGGGCUACAUUGCUAUGGAGAGGUUGGGAGGGGCUACCUUGCUAUGGAGUGGAGGG